AUGAGUCUAAGUAAAAGGAAAGAAGUCGAUAACAAAAAAAAUGACACCCUAUCUUUUAAAAAGACCAAGUUUUGUAAACUCGAAAAAUCAUCCAGCAGCAUGAGCAACCACGAAACAUCUCCAGCAUUGAAAAUUCCGCCAGAAAUUUUUAUUAAAAUCUGCCAAAGCCUCGCCCCAUCAGAUCUAUUAUCGCUCUCGCGAGUAUGCAAACUUUACAAUGGAUAUCUGUGUUCAAGAGAAUCUUCGACUACCCAAGAUAUUUGGAAGAACGCAAGAAUCGAAUACCUCCCUAAUCUUGUUUUGCCACCUCCUGAAGGAUUUGACGAGCGUGGUUACGUAAGACUUGCAAUUGAACGUGGAUGUCAUUUUUGUAAUAAUGCACCUCGUGUUAGGAAAGUAUAUUGGGCGUUCUGUUUUCGAGCUUGUCAUGAUUGUUUAAUGGAAAAUACAAUCAGCGAAUCUGAUCUAUGUCGACGAUAUAAGCUCUACAAACUCUCUUCACUUGUUCCUUACAUUACGCGAGGUAAUAGGAAGUAUUAUGAAAGAUUCUUUUACAUAAAACACGUGAAUGAAGUUUACCGUGAAUGGGAAGGAAUUAAUGAUCAAGAUCGAACAGGCUGGAUUCGUCGUAAAUCAAUGGAGUGUUCAGAGUACAUGGAAAAAGUUGAUGAACGUGAAGAGGCUGAAUAUCAGGAAGCGUCAUUUAAAAUGAGAGAGAAAGAGAUACUUAAGCAGAGCCGUGCCGAGGCAAUUGAACAGAAACUCGACGAGAUGAUAAAUGAAACUGAUCAUGAAGGAAAUCACUAUCAAAAAGAAUACCUGAAAGAAUGUCCUUCCUAUAAUAACGCGCGUGUUCAGUCUCGUCCGUUGACUGAAAGAUCUUGGAAAAUACUUGAAGGAAAAUUAAGACGCGAGUAUUUGGAUAUUGCCAACUAUCAUCGACAUAAAGAAGGCGGAAACUUUGGCGUCGAAAAAUUAUUAUUUUAA